AUGGCGGAUCAGAGUAAGUUGUUGUACGACUACUUCGCCACCUCCUUCGAACACUUCGCAGGACUGGUGGAAGUGCUAGAGACGUCCUUGUACAAUUUGAAAUUGGAGGACGCUCCCCGACAGAUUCAGAGAGAGUUUGGACCUUUGCUGAUGCCAUCAGUGGUGUUGGUUUUCAUCAUCACAGCCAGCAAUUGCUACUUUGGUUUUCUUUUGGCCGGCGAUGAAAGUCUGGCCGAAGCCCUACGUAAUGGGAUCUUCCUGGAUGGCAAUGGUAGCCUUAAUGAGUAUGAGGCUCGACACGGCGACAGGAAUAUCCUCUUUCUUUUCGCCACGGCGCAUGUGGUCCUCAUAGGCGUGGCGAUAGUUUACAUCGCCAUAGAUCUCUUGCGAAGGCACCUGCACGCGCGCCUGAAAGCGCGGAGGAAAAGUCGGAUCUCCUUAGCAGGCCAGUUCUUUUCCGCGGACGACAGCGUGUCCGAUGAGAGCGAGCUUGAGAUUGGCACAAGCAAAUCAGGAGCGGACGUUGCUGCAGAGGGCGAAGCCUCCGAGACGUUGCGGCCUCGGGAGAGUGGGGCAGCCUGGAGUGAGUUGUCGGACUUCGUGAGUACUCCCUUCGCCAGUCGCAAACCACUUCGUAUCGCCAAUCGCAAAGCUCGUUAUAUCGCUCGUCAUAUCGCCAAUCGCACGCGCAUACAACAGGUGGCCAUUGGCCGCGUCUCCACGAACUCCAGCGAACCUGAGGUGAGGAUCAAAGGAAUCUUCGGCCUCUCGCCCUCAAGAAGUUCGGUGAGUCGGCCAAGCCAGGAGUGGAUUGGUCUCUGUCGCAUCAAGGACACUCAAGUGGUGAUCCGCGUGGCCGCCACCAGUACCUCCACGGUGAUCUGCACCCUGGCGCACGGCAAGCGCAUCAUGGUGGAACAGGCCAUUCGUGGCGGCAAAGGAAAGAUCUGGGGUCGCAUCUCCAACCCAGUGGCAGGUUGGGUCCUCUUGGCUGAUCAACAGAAUGGCUACAAGGCGGUUUCCAAGGCCAACGUCCCCAGCCCGGUGCAAGAGCACGCAGCUCAUCGGACGUCGCGCAGCGAGACCCCGAAGACCCUCAGCGGUGCCCUGCGCUCCAUGGCCAGCGGCCAGUCCUACGGCAGCCGCGACAGCGCCGGCAGCGGCGCGUCGGCCUCAAAGGGCUCGGCCGUGCCCAGGUUGCAGCGAAUCACCAUGACGCGCGUCCUGACCGAACACCGGCAGAGCGAAAGCCAGUUCGCCGGCGGUUUCGAUCAGAGGAAUCAUUUCGAUGCGUCGCCGCAAGACUUGUUGGACUGGAUUGGUGUUUCCGCCAGUUCGCCGUCCCGACGUGCUGCCGCCACCACAGGUCCCAGCAAUCGCUCCGAGAAACGAAGUGUUCGGGGAACCCAGUUUUUUCAGGGUGGAUCUCUGGACUUGCCUCCACCCUCGCUUUGGUCUGGUGGCUGUCUGGGUUUUGGUGUGGUCCUGGCUCUGACAUUGUGCGUGGCUCCUCGGUCCGUCUGGCCUCUCGUGCCCGUGUCCUUGCGUCCUACUUGCAUGAGCCAACCCUCCUCCAACCACGACGUCGGGAUUGAACUCCAUAUAUCCCUACCUGAGGGUAUCCAGGUCACUGUGCGGGCCCCUACCUCUUCUGCUGGUGUUGCUGCUGACCUGUUGGGCUACAUCUCUCUCUUCCAGGCCUCUGCACCGUCGGUUCGGUCGGAUCGCUCCUUCGAGGUUGUGUCUUCUGUGGCUGAGUCUGUGCGGAAUUCCCCUCCUAGGGAGCGUCCUGUGGAAUCAAGGGACUCUAUCCUGCGAUCCUUUGCUGGCUGCCCAUCUCGCUUGUUUGUGCACAGCCCUCGUUUGUGUGGGUCAACACUGUCGGGUAAGGACCGGGUUGCUCGUGCUUGGCUGGCUGGUCAGUGGGCUGGUGCCGUCCGAAGUGGCCGCAUCGGCAGUCCCAACAGGACACCUGCCAUCGACCUUAGGUCGCGCUUCUACGCAGUUCUCAGGGCUCCUGGACUUGCAGGCCCAACCAUCUUCAGGUCUUCAGCCUGCUACUGGCGCUGUGUUGGAAAUUUGGAAGAGAGCUCAGCAAUCUCCCAGUCUUUCCCUAGCGAGGUUGAGGCCCGGAUCUACUUGGAGGCAGCAGGGGAGACCGACAUCGAGUCGGAUGUAGAACCCUAUGUUUUGGAUUGGCCCGCCGCAGAGCCUGGUUCUGUAGCCGAAGCCCUAGUGCUGGUGACCCAUAUAAGGCCAGGUGGAUUUUUGGCCGCGGUCCCAGUUGGAUUUAUCCCAGAAGAAGUUCUCGCCGUUGGCAACUCUUCCCAGCCCCCCGGUCCUGUUGGUCCUUCGACCGUCAUCGUUGUUCCUGGUUCCAUGCUCGACAACGGUACCCUUGUUCCGGUCGGUUCCCCAGUGUCCGUGGUGGUUGUGGAUUUUUCCCAAGAUGUUCUUCCUCAGUUGCAUCCUCUGCCAGUUGCUUCCGACCUUCACUUCACCUUCGACCCAGAUCAGCCAUAUGCUGUGCCAACUCCGCUGGAUUUGUUAAGUCGGAUUCAGGAAUGGUUGGAGGCGGGAGGAGACAGUGGACUGGGCUAUGCAACAGCUGGAGGGGAGGACAUAGAUGGAGUACCCCUAGAGGAGGAGGAUUUUGCAGACGCAACACCCGGAUCCCCCCUUUCGGCAGUGCCAAAGCUUCCAACAAAAAGCCGCAAGGCAAAACCCACAGUGCCUGGGCCAGGGCGGCCUACCAGUGCAGAAAAACGCCCUACGGUGGCGAGCCUCGCAUCAUCUCUUCAGGAGCUGAUCCAGGUAAACUCAGGCCUCACUCAGCAGAUACAAAGCCUCUCCCUGCGGCAGCAGCAGCUCGAGAGACGAGCUACCCCGCCCCCUCAGACACUUGCCACUCCUCAAACUCUCUUGAGCCAGCCUUUGUCAUCUGCCCUGGUCUCCCAAUCCCAUCAGCCCUCCGCAGUUGCGAAAGCCAUCGGAACCCCCCCCAGGACUUCCGCUGGCCUGACUCCGGGUCUUUUGAGGUCUCCUUUGAUCCAGCCCCCAGAGCUAACGGAGUUGGAGGAGGAAAAGCUGGAGCAUCCCCCGUCUACCUCGCGAGAUCCCCUGGCCCACGCAGUACUUGCCCAAUCCAAGGCGCUCACAGCUCUUGUCAGUCAGAUAUCCAGUCAGAGCUCCGACCCUCUCUUGGACUUGGGGGAGGGAGGGAGGGCAAAGCUACAGGCGGAGCUUGCAGCCCAGAGAGGAAGCUUCUUCUCUUCGGUGCUCACUGCCAUGGCCAGGCGCAUGCAGCCAACCAGCUCAGCAGAAGGGACCCCGGAGGAGCUCAUGGCCAAGGGGGUAUCGGGCAGCAGGUACUUGGAGAGGUUCGGAGGCUUUGGCAAGCACAGGGAGCUAGGUUGCCUCCAACACCAGGUGAUGACAAUCAUGGACUUUUUGCAGGUGGGAAACUUGCAAGCAGCAAGGGACCCCACGGCCUUGCUGGCGGUCACCAUAGACCAGGCGGCAUUAGACAACGGCAGAUUCGACUUAGCCAAUGUCUUAUGUCUCCAAGAGGAGCCACCCAGCACGGUUUUCAGCCACAAGCCUGCAAACGUCCUCUCAAGGACUCGGGCCUUCACUCCAUUGGCCAGUCAGCAAUGGAUUACGGUGGCUCUGGCAUAUAUAAAAGAAUUGGAUGUCAUCACGACCAAGAGGCGGGAGGAAAAUGGGGCAGCAGUGCUCCGGCCCAACAACAGGAGCCAGAGGACUGAAGUGGCAUAUGAAGGUUCCCUAUGUCACGUUUCUCCAGUGGAUGACCUGCCUUCCACGUUGGAUUUUGCAGACCCGCACAAAGCUUGCGUCUUGUCUUGCUCGUUCUUUUGCCAUCCUGCGCCGAUCUUCCGGGACGGCUUCCGCACUCUUUCCCCUGCCCCUGCCAUCUCUUGA